UUUUCAUUAAUCCAAGGGAUGCCUCCUCUCCGGCGCAAAAAUGGCCGCGAACCGGCCUGUGAAGCCUGUCGUCGCCGCAAGCUGGCCUGCGACCACGAAACCCCUGCCUGUCAGCGGUGUCGCAAGCUAUCGUUGAAAUGCGUCUAUCUGGCCAAUCCAUUAGCCAAAGCCCGUGCCAGAAGCGUGCCGGAUGGUUCGCCAGACAUCAUAAGUGGCAGCGAAAGCGACCAGGUCGCAAGCACCAAGACCUGUCCGGGCGCACAAUCGACCACGCCUAUUUUGGAAAGCUCUGCGGAGUACCUCGGACCCACGAGUUUCUCAUCCGUGUUUGUGGAACAUCGGGAUCGUUUCGAGGUCGAUCAGGCUUUGAGAACGCCGACCGGCGAACCUGCAGUUGGUGCUGGUGUAGAGUCCUCUGCGCAAGGAAACAAUGCCGUCACGCCGAGAUUGCUGCAGUUGGGGGUGCAGGUUUUGCAGAACCUGCCUGACGAAUAUACGGGCAACUUGCUGUUCGUUCAUCAGACGUACCUGAUGGAUGCGUGUUUCAGACACGCGUAUCGCGCUGCGUUGGAUCUGAUGUGGGAUGAGUAUCGCGGUGUACUGCGGUCGCGUACGACUGAGAAUUUAGUCGGGGCUGCGAGGCGUAUCUCCGAGUCGAGUAUGACGCCUCUGCCGGCCGAACAGAACCCGCAGCGCUGGGUGGAGUCGUUCUCGGGGAGGCGGACACGAUGGGAGUUUUUGGGGACGCUGUUCACGUACUGGUCGUCGGCGGCGUCGCAGAUGUCGGUGGAACACGAGGCCAUUACCCAGUAUUGCCGGCGACAUUCGAUCAAAGGAUCUAAGGAACUGAUGGUGCAUCUGAAACGAUGUGCAUCCAUGUGCAUCGACUUGUGCAGCCAGCUGGGUGCUAUCAACAUUCUCUUCGUGCACAUGGCAUUCAAGCACAAUAUCCUUGAGAGCAUCGCCAGCGGCGACAAGAGCCUAUCCUGCUGGCGACAACACGGGGAUGUUGUUGCUGUCACGACAUCCAUUGGCCUCCACCGGGAACUCUCCACGGAUUGGAACGAGGUAUCAUUCCAGCACGAGCUGAAGAGACGGAUCUAUGCAUCGAUCUACAAUUUCGACAAGGUCAUCUCCACCUUUACCGGGCGACCACCGCUGCUGAGCCGAAAAUACUCGACAACGCAGCUGCCGCUGGAAAUCAGCGACGAGGAUAUCCUCUCGGGUGGUAUAUCCGACGCGGUGACCAACCUGGAUUCCAAUGGAUGGGACCGGAGCGACGAGCGGAAGCUGUAUCCGACGACGGUGCUCCGGGCGCGCACCAUGCUGGCGAAGAAUCGCGAAGCACUGCUGGAGGUUCUGGAAACCUCACAAGACAGCAUCACGGACGCUGCCGUAGAAACAUGCCUUAAACUCAAAUCCGAGGCAAUGGACAUCCACGCCCAAUUCCCCGAGACCCUCCUCUUCAGACAAGCAUACAUCGACGAUCCCAACAUCCCAGGCCAGAUGCUCUUCCUGCGCAUCCUCGUGCGACUCGACUAUUUACUCAACAUGUUCAUCCUGGAGCGUCUUCUGACACGCCAUAAAGUGGUUUCCGAGCAGGCCUUGAUCCACGUGAGUCACGAAAUGCUAGGCUUGACCCUGAAAUACUGGAAACACAAGGACCGGUUCCAGAACCACAUCGAUUUCUCCUGGCUGGCCAUGUCCUACGCCGUCCCAUGCAGCGGCAUUCUCUGCCUCGAGCUCCUCCGCCAAGCCACCGCCCCAUCGACCUACACGUUGGAUCUCCCUCGCUCCGACAUCAUCCAGAACCUCAGUCUACUCGUUGCAUUUCUCGACUGGCUCAAACCAUCCGGGUCGGACAUUCUCGCCGCGGGCCAAAUCAAGGGGAUUCUGCGUCGCUCGUUGGAUCGGAUUCUGAGUAUGCCAGCCUCGCUGUGUAGUCCGACGGCAUUGGAUGAUAUGGUGUUGCAGGAUUUUGCGGGGGCGGAGUAUCCCCAUCUCGAUUUGUUGAAUACGUUUGGGUGGGUGGAUUGGGAUGCUGCGUAGUCUUCUACCGGCUUGUAUCGUUCUAGCCUGUUCUUCUAUUCUAGAAUUACCCAUCCAACCACCUUUAUCUAACUCUAACCAAGAAUU